AUGGCUUUACAGGAGCUGUGCAAUUUCCAGGAUAUCUUUCAGGACAGUAUAACCACCGAAUGUUCUUCAGUGCCUUUCGGAAGGAAGACUGGUUGUGACUAUGUGAGCGGGUUGCCCUUUAGCAACAGGACAAAUCUGUUUAAUUUUUUUACACCAGUCGCAGAGUACCUGGAUGAAAGUCCAAUACAGUUUGGGCAAAUCAGCACCAUCCAGAGCUGCAGUGCCAUCUCAUCUCAGGACUCCAUUUUAUCAUCCCUCGCUGUGCCCACAAGCCUUCCUCUGGCCUCCUCUCAGUCUGUCCCUCUGCCUUUUCCCAUGUCUCAUGGCACCACCACCCUGGCUUUCAUGUUUCAGGGCGGCGUGCUGGCUGCAGCAGACACUCGGUCCAGUUGCUCUGGGCUCGUGGCGUGCCCAGCCUCCCAGAAGAUCCUGCCCAUCCACAGUCACUUGGUGGGUACUACAUCAGGUACUUCCGCUGACUGUGCCCUUUGGAAACGGAUUCUGGCUCGAGAGCUGCGGCUCUACCAACUCCGCCAUGGUCGACGGUUGUCCACAAGUGGAGCAGCCAAAUUGCUUUCUCACAUGCUUCACCCGUUCAAGGGAACUGAGCUGUGUGUGGCUGCCACGUUGUGCGGCUGGGAUGGAGGAGAAGUAGAUACAGUAGGUACAAAGACUGAUCUCAGUGGUCGUAGAGAAACAACAAAGAGUCAAAUGACUGAUCUUGAAAAGACCUCUCUGGCACAGACAAAGACUCCGAGCUCUGCUUCAAUAACCAGUGGACAACAGUGCUCUGCCAGAAAGAGAGAGAGUUUAUCUGGACCCAGUCUGUGCUAUGUGUGCAGCGAUGGUACUCGCCUGCAGGGAACGCUCUUCUCUGUGGGCUCGGGAUCACCCUACGCCUACUCAAUUUUGGACCAAGGGGUUCGAUGGGGACUGACAGUGGAUGAGGCCACAUCAAUAGCCAGAGAGGCUGUGUACAGAGCCACACACAGGGACGCAUACUCGGGGAACUGCGUAGACAUCUAUCACAUCUCCUCCAAAGGAUGGAUUCGCAGGAGCAGAGAGGAUUUGAAAGAGGAAUAUUACAGAGAAAAGGAAAGACAAGAGAGAAGGGAGAGACAGGACGUGACUCCGCCUGAGUAA